AUGGAAGAAGAUGACAAUCAUGCUCUGCUACAGACACUGAACUCAUUUUGGAACUAUCGUGAAUAUGCUUUGGACGAAUUUUGGCGCCCUCGGAUGAGGAGAUGGAGGGGCCUCAGUGAACAUCAGAAAAGGAUGAUUCCUUGGUAUGAAAGGUACUUGCAACAGGUGCACGAUGCGAUAUUGGCGAAUUCGCAGUUCUACCACAGCCUGGUAGCACACUCGGUCGACGCAUGGGAGGUGGACAAAGCCCCUGAUGAAUGGCCCAUUCCGACUAUUGCAGACAUGCAGAAGACGGUAUUGAUUUUCACCCAACUGGUGCGCGAGUGGAGUGUUGAGUGCAACGACGAGCGGUCUGUGCUACUGAGCAGGAUGGCCGCUUUUAUGGACGAGGCCUAUCCUCGCGAACGCGACCAGGUCAGCAUCCUUGUCCCUGGGGCAGGCCUCGGCCGGGUGGUGGUGGAUCUCGUGAGGAUGGGGUUUAGAACGGAGGGCAAUGAGCUGUCGUACCACAUGUUGCUCGUGUCUCGAUAUUUGCUGAACGGUAGCAUUUCCUGUUUCCAGCACCAGCUUUAUCCGUUUGUGCACUCGUUUUCUAACCAGACCAGCCGGCAGUCACAAUUGAGAGCAGUGCAAGUGCCAGACAUGACGAUAUACAUGGAGGUUGGCAACGAUUGCCUGAUGUCCAUGUCUGCCGGCUCAUUUGUAGACCUCUACGGGCCGAAUCUGAACAUCCGGCAGUCUGGGUACUACUCGAACGACCCCCGGAUGCGCAAUAUCCGGGCAGAAGCUGCCAGCUCGAAGCAUGUGGUAGUUACGAAUUUUUUCAUUGACACGGGCAUGAAUGUGCUAGACUACAUGGAGACGAUCCAACAUGUCUUGAAGCCUGGCGGCCAUUGGGUCAACUUUGGGCCACUGCUCUACCACUUCGAGACCGACCACCAUUGCGAGGAGACCGCGAACUUUGACCCCCUGACGGGGGUCGUCUCGGACGUCAGAGAAGAACCUGUCAAAGGCCUGGAGCUAAGUCAGGAAGACAUAUUAAGCACAGCUACUUCUGUAUUUGGAUUUAAGCUCUUACGACACGAGAAAAACAUAAAGUGUGGGUACGGGAGCAACAACGCAGAGAUGACCAUGCUAAAAUACACAUGCAAUUUCUGGGUUUUGCAGAAAUGUACGACGGUAGGCCAAUAG